AUGGCAGAAAAUUCAUCUUCUCACCGACGAUCCGGUCUUCGACCGAAUAUCGGAAAUAAUUACCAGCAAAAACGAUUCCCAAAGCUUGGGAUUAGUAAAUACCAGACUGCUGCAGACACAAUCACCAGAUCUGAUUCCUCAGACAUCAGAUCUGGAGAAGGAGUCCACAAUACAGAAUUAAAUUUGGUAAACUCACCUUGGAGGAACAUCCAAUUUAGCCACAACAAAGAUGGUAGUCAUCAGGUACAAAUACACAUGGUUCAAGGGGGACCAUCACGGAGAGCUAGCAAACGAAAUUAUGAUCAACACUGGAGAGAACAACAAGUCGUGUUCCCUGUUGUUCCUGGGGGCCCCCAGGAAGAACGACCAUGUUUUAAGCAACUAGAUCCGGAAGAUAAAGCACGAUUGGAACCGGUCGAUUUUCCUCUCACCGGAUUCUGUAAUGAAGCUGUUUUCCCGUUGGGACAAAUCGCUUUUCCGGUAACCUUGUCAGACGGCAAACACUCACGAACAGUUACAGUAAAUUUCAUGGUUAUGCCAGCAACAUCACGACAUGAUAUUUUGCUCAGAAGAAGGUCACAAAGAGAAUUCAGCAUUAUCACUUCCAUUCCGCAUGCGGCUUGUGGAUUUCCAACAGAAACCGGAGUUGCAAUUCUCUAUUCAAGCAAGGAAGUCAUGUCCGUAGAUGAUGAACCUCCAACAAAGGCAGUCAAAACUUCAGCAUCAGAUGAACCAGAAAAAUGGGUUCUGAACGGCGAAUACCCAGAGCAAACCAUUUUGCUAGGACAUGCCAUGUCACCAACAAUACGGAUACAGCUGAAAAGCUUGUUAUCUAAUAACAAAGAUAUAUUUGCCUGGUGCCCAGCGGACAUGACAGGGGUACCACGCGAUAUCGCGCAACAUUGCUUAAACAUCAAACCAUCAGUAGAUCCGGUCAUUCAGGGAAGGCGCAGCUUCAGCGAAGAAAAAGCAAAAGCGAUGGACGAGCAAGUAACAGAAUUGCUAAACGCGGGAAUCUUGCGCAAAGUAAAAUACCAUACAUGGGUUGCCAAUCUAGUCAUGGUGCAAAAACAUAACGGCGGAUGGAGAAUGUGUGUUGACUUCAAAGACCUCAACAAAGCAUGCCCUAGAGACUGCUAUGCGCUCCCGGAAAUAGACAAGAAAGUCGAUUCUUUAGCAUCAUUCAGGUGGAAAUGCUUUCUCGACUGCUAUAAGGGUUAUCACCAGGUCCAGAUGAAAGAAGAAGACGAAGAAAAAACCGCAUUUCGCACAGACAAAGGCAUCUACUGUUACACUAAAAUGCCGUUCGGGUUACGCAACGCAGGCGCCACAUAUCAACGCCUAAUGGACACAAUCUUUAGCGAGGAUAUUGGCAAAACUGUCGAAGUAUACAUGGAUGACCUCGUCAUCAUGAGUCAUGAAGAAGAGACGAUGCUCCACAAUAUCCAGCGCACAUUCGAUUCCUUACGAAGCGUAAAUUUAAAAUUAAACCCGACAAAAUGCUCCUUCGGAAUGGAAGAGGGAAAGUUUUUGGGUUUCAUAGUUACCAAAGACGGUUUUAAAGUCAAUCCAGAGAAGGUACAGACCAUUCAGCAAAUGCCAUCACCGGCAACAGUCAAAGAAAUGCAAAGGCUUGCCGGACGAUUAGCAACGCUAAAUAGAUUUUUGGCCAAUCAUGCGGCAAAAUCUUACCCAUUUAUCAGUACGCUGCGAAACUGCGGUAAGAAAACUCCCUUUCAAUGGACACCCGAAGCAGAAGCAGCGUUCAAGCAAAUGAAAGAAUAUUUAAUCCAAUUACCAACGCUGACCGCACCAAAAGAAAAAGAACCAUUAAUCUUGUAUCUGUCAGCCGCGGAGGUGGCAGUAGGCGCAAUAUUAAUGGUAGAGCGGGAAAACAUUCAGACUCCAAUCUACUACAUCAGCAAAAUGCUCACCGGUCCUGAAACUCGUUAUUCAAUGAUAGAAAAGCUGGUUUUAGCGCUAGUACACGCGUCCAGACGCUUGCGCAGGUAUUUUUCAGGCCAUGUCAUCACAGUACUGACAAAUUAUCAUCUGGGUCAAAUCUUGUCAAAACCCGACAUAGCGGGGAGAUUAGCCAAAUGGGCCAUCGAGCUAGGAGGCUACAACAUUUUUUACAAACCAAGACCUGCAAUCAAAGGGCAGAACCCGACACCUGUUUUUGACGACAGAGUCUGGACCUUACACACUGAUGGUGCUUCCAAUGACGAUGGAGCAGGAGCAGGUCUCCGAUUAGUCAGCCCGGAUAAUCACGAACUCACAUAUGCUAUCCGCUUAGACUUUCAAAGUACCAACAACGAAGCGGAAUACGAAGCAUUUUUAGCAGGUCUUCGUCUAGCACUCAAAAUGGGAGCAAAAAACCUUGAAGCUAACGUCGACUCAAAACUAGUAGCUGAACAAGUUAACGGUCGUUACGACGCAAAGGGCGAGGCUAUGGCGUUGUACCUUGGACAAGCACGGAUGCUAAUCAAUCAAUUUCAGACAUUCAAAAUCAAUCACAUAAACAGAAGCGAGAACAAGCAUGCGGACGCACUAAGCAAAUUAGCUGCUACUAGCUUUAAACACUUGGCAAAAGAAGUACGCAUAGAGGUAUUAUCCAAUCCCUCCAUUCACUUGAAACAAGUAUGCGUCAUAGAGAUGGGGAGUCCAUCCUGGAUGUCUCCAAUUAUUUUGUAUCUCCAACACGGGAAGCUCCCAGAAGGAAAAGCAGAAGCCCGAAAAAUACAACACAAAGCAAUAAACUACGAGAUGGCGGAUGGCGUCCUUUAUCGAAAAUCAUUCAUGGGUCCGUUACUACGUUGUGUUGAUAAAACAGAUGCUCAGUAUCUGGUUAGAGAGAUCCAUGAGGGAUUAUGCGGGAUACACGCAGGACCGCGCAUGGUCGUGGCAAAAAUAAUGAGCGCCGGAUACUACUGGCCAUGA